AUGUUAGGUAGAAGAUUAUCUAAAGUUUCAGUUAGAAACUUAGCUACUUCAGGAUUAACUAGAGAUUCUAAAGUUAAUCAAAAUUUAUUAGAAGAUUUUUCAUUUAUUAACUAUAAGAAAAACUUAGAAAAUGUUAAAAUCGUUCAAGAUAGAUUAAAAAGACCAUUAACUUAUGCCGAAAAAUUAUUAUACGGUCAUUUAGAUAAGCCUCAUGAACAAGAUAUUGAAAGAGGUGUUUCAUAUUUAAAAUUAAGACCAGACAGAGUUGCUUGUCAAGAUGCUACUGCUCAAAUGGCUAUUUUACAAUUUAUGUCAGCUGGUAUGCCACAAGUUGCUACUCCAUCAACUGUUCAUUGUGAUCAUUUAAUUCAAGCUCAAGUUGGUAGUCAAGCUGAUUUAGACAGAGCCAUUGAUUUAAAUAAAGAAGUUUACGAAUUUUUAUCAUCUGCUUGUGCUAAAUAUAACUUAGGUUUUUGGAAACCAGGUUCAGGUAUCAUUCAUCAAAUUGUCUUGGAAAACUACGCUUUCCCAGGUGCUUUAUUAAUUGGUACUGAUUCUCAUACUCCAAAUGCUGGUGGUUUAGGUCAAUUAGCUAUUGGUGUUGGUGGUGCUGAUGCUGUUGAUGUUAUGGCUGAUUUACCAUGGGAAUUAAAAGCUCCAAAAAUCAUUGGGGUUAAAUUAACCGGUAGAAUGUCUGGUUGGACUUCUCCAAAAGAUAUUAUCUUGAAAUUAGCUGGUAUUACUACUGUUAAAGGUGGUACCGGUGCUAUUGUUGAAUAUUUCGGUGAUGGUGUUGAAACUUUCUCAUGUACUGGUAUGGGUACUAUUUGUAAUAUGGGUGCUGAAAUUGGUGCUACUACUUCAGUUUUCCCAUUCAACAACUCUAUGGUUGACUACUUAAAUGCUACUAAGAGAUCUCAAAUUGGUGAAUUUGCUUCAUUAUAUAAACAAGAUUUCUUAAAAGCCGAUGAAGGUUGUGAAUAUGAUCAAGUUAUUGAAAUUGACUUAAACACUUUAGAACCUCACGUUAACGGUCCUUUCACUCCAGAUUUAGCUACUCCAAUCUCAAAAAUGAGAGAAACUGCUAUUGCUAAUGACUGGCCAUUAGAAGUUAAAGUUGGUUUAAUUGGUUCUUGUACCAACUCUUCUUAUGAAGAUAUGACCAGAUCUGCUUCUAUUAUUAAAAAUGCUGCUGAACAUGGUUUAAAAGCUAAAACUAUCUAUACUGUUACUCCAGGUUCCGAACAAGUUAGAGCUACUAUUGAAAGAGAUGGUCAAUUAAAAACUUUCGAAGAUUUCGGUGGUGUUGUCUUAGCUAAUGCUUGUGGUCCAUGUAUCGGUCAAUGGGAUAGAAAAGAUAUCAAAAAAGGUGAUAAAAACACUAUUGUUACCUCAUUCAACAGAAAUUUCACUUCAAGAAAUGAUGGUAACCCAGCUACUCACGCUUUCGUUGCUUCUCCAGAAAUGACCACCGCUUAUGCUAUCUCUGGUGAUUUAGGUUUCAACCCAAUCACUGAUACUUUAGUUGGUGCUGAUGGUAAAGAAUUUAAAUUAGCUGAACCAGUUGGUUUAGGUUUACCACCAAAUGGUUACGAUGCCGGUGUUAACACUUAUCAAGCUCCUCCAUCUGACAGAGCUUCAGUUGAAGUUAUUGUUGAUCCAAAAUCUGAUAGAUUACAAAAAUUAACUCCUUUCAAACCAUGGGAUGGUAAAGAUGCUGAAAAAUUACCAAUCUUAAUUAAAGCUGUUGGUAAAACCACUACUGAUCAUAUCUCAAUGGCCGGUCCUUGGUUAAAAUACAGAGGUCAUUUAGAAAACAUUUCUAACAAUUAUAUGAUUGGUGCUACUAAUGCUGAAAAUGGUGAAGCUAACAAUGUUAGAAAUCACUACACUGGUGAAUACAAAGGUGUUCCAGAAACUGCUGCUGAUUACAGAGAUGCUGGUAAAAAAUGGGUUGUUAUUGGUGACGAAAAUUUCGGUGAAGGUUCAUCAAGAGAACAUGCUGCUUUAGAACCAAGAUUCUUAGGUGCUUUCGCUAUUAUUACUAAAUCAUUCGCUAGAAUUCAUGAAACUAACUUAAAGAAACAAGGUUUAUUACCAUUAAACUUUAUUAAAGUUGCUGAUUACGAUAAAAUUAACUUUGAUGAUGAAAUCUCAUUAGUUGGUUUAGCUGAUUUAGCUCCAGGUAAAAAUGUUGUUAUGAAAGUUCACCCAAAGAACGGUGAAGAUUGGGAAACUGAAUUAUCUCAUACUUUCAACAGUGAACAAAUUGAAUGGUUCAAAUACGGUUCAGCUUUAAACAAAAUGUCUGCUAAAUAA